CUCUUCCCAUUGGCGGGCCGGCUGUCUCCUUGACGCGAGGUCACGUGCCGCGGAAGCGCGCGCGCCCCCCCCCCACUCCCUCUCUACGCCGGGAGAAGAAGCUGCGACGCCAUGAAGAUCUGGACCUCGGAACAUGUGUUCAACCACCCGUGGGAGACGGUGACGCAGGCUGCCAUGCGCAAAUACCCCAACCCGAUGAACCCGAGCGUCGUGGGGGUGGACGUGGUGGGGCGACACGUGGACGCAGCCGGGCAGCUCCACUCACACCGUCUACUCAGCACCGAGUGGGGCCUGCCCAGCCUCGUGAGAUCACUUUUAGGAACGGGCAGAACCAAAACCUACAUCAAGGAACAUUCGAUCGUGAACCCAACCCAGAGGACGAUGGAGUUAAAGUCAACAAACAUCACGCUCACGAACCUCGUGUCGGUGGACGAGCGCCUUGUGUACAAGCCGCACCCGGACGAUGCCGAGAAGACGAUGCUCGUGCAGGAAGCCAUCAUUUCCGUCAAGGGCGUGAGCUUAGGCAGCUACCUGGAAGGACUCAUGGCCAGCACCAUCUCGGCAAACGCCAAAAAGGGCCGCGAGGCGAUGGAGUGGGUCAUUGGCAAGAUCAACGUGGAGAUCGAGGAGCUGGCUGCGACGGCGUGCGGCAGCAUGCACGAGCUCAAGAGCGCCAUCUCGGGGGCGGCCGCAGCCACCGGGACUUCGUUCUAGGCUCACGGCGCCGGCCACGGCGAGCCCCCCACGCCCACGGGGAAGUUUUUUUUCCCGCGAGCACCCGGCUCGGCUCGGCGCGGCGUCAAGGCGGUCGCCGGCACGGUGCGCGGUGCGGUUGGCGUGGCGUCAAAGCCGCGGCCGGUGCGGUUGUACGGCGAUAAGGCGGUGACUUUACAGGGUGCGGCGCAUGCGCGCGGCGGCGGUGUCGGUCGCGCGCCGUCCCAACCGCGAGCGCCACACCACUAACCCCCCCCCCCCUCCCCCCCCCCCCCCCCCCGGCACACCGCAACACGCCGGUCGGCGCACUGUUUACCACGCCAUUUGGCGCACGGCUCUUCGACACCGCGGCACGCUGCCCGCAUUGCUCGGAAUGCUGUUUGCCAUACGACUUGCCGCGCGCCGAGAAUCUCGGGCCCCGCGCC